AGAAAAACGUGGUUCACGCCGCACUAAGCGGAAACAAUUGGAUGCUGGAGGACUGUUAGAUUUUGGGGGGCGGUUUUGAGAUUUCACCCAAGGCGUGUAGCUUGAGCUUCACCUUCCGCUAUUCACGAACUCAUGAAUAUGAAUUAAGUGGAAGACUUAAAGAAAAACGUCGUGGCAGUUCUUUGGGAUUCAACAGCCACAUCGGGCGACAGGCUAUUCGUUUGAGACAACCUUCCGCUGCGUUUUUGUAUUGCAUUUCAUAACUCUCCGGUUGAGUCAGCAUGGCCUUGAGAGGACCACUGUCUAGAUUAUUGAGAUUCACGUUGAGUUCCUGCCAACAGAACCGAUCGCAUUCUGUUGCUGUUUUGGGAGCUCCGUUUUCCAAAGGACAGAAAAGGAGAGGGGUGGAGCAUGGACCCAAAGCCAUCCGGGAUGCGGGUUUGGUGGAGAGACUUUCAAAUCUGGACUACGCUGUGCAUGAUUUUGGAGACCUGACCUUCAAGCAUCUGGAAAAAGAUGAGCACUUUAUGCAUGUGCCGUUCCCACGCACAGUUGGACGUGCCAAUCAGCUGCUGUCGGGAGCUGUGAGUGGUGCGGUGGGGGCGGGACACACCUGCAUCAUGUUGGGGGGAGACCAUAGCUUAGCGAUUGGUUCAGUGGAAGGUCACGCUCAGCAGUGCCCUGACCUGUGUCUGAUAUGGGUGGACGCUCACGCAGAUAUCAACACUCCUCUGACUUCACCUUCUGGAAACCUCCACGGCCAAUCUGUAGCAUUCUUACUUAAGGACCUGCAGAACAAGAUGCCAGAAGUUCCUGGAUUUUCUUGGAUGAAGCCUUUCCUGUCUGCCAGAGAUCUGGUCUACAUUGGCCUCAGAGAUGUGGAUCCAGGCGAGCAUAUAAUCCUGAAGACCCUGGGAAUCCAAUAUUUCUCCAUGCGUGAUAUUGACAGAAUGGGCAUUCAGAGGGUAAUGGAGGUCACUUUGGAUCACCUCUUGGCAAGGAAACAAAGGCCGAUCCAUCUGAGCUUUGACAUCGAUGCAUUUGACCCGUCCCUGGCUCCUGCCACUGGAACUCCCGUUAAUGGAGGAUUGACCUAUAGAGAGGGCAUCUACGUAACAGAGGAGAUCCAUAACACAGGUUUACUCUCUGUGAUGGAUGUGGUUGAAGUGAACCCCACACUAGGUGCGACACCUGAGGCUGUGGAUUCUGAUUUUUCAAAGCAAAAUGGACUGGAUCACAAUGAUCCAGAAAAUCUGGAUUACUAG